UCUCGCAUAUAGUUCACGGACUUUUAUUUUGAAGUUAAAAAGAAACAGGAAGUUCUGGAAGUUUGACAGGAUUUCACUUCCGCAAUUUUCAUGUUUUGUUACGUCAUAAUGACCAACAUUGCUUAUUUAGACGGACUGAGCGUUAUUGUAUCUUUUUUGGUCGUUAUCAAGCGCUUUUUAAAAUAUUUGCAACUGUUAAGUUGUAGUAAUAAUGCGUAAGAUAUAAUGCAUGACAUGUUUCAUGUAUACCGUGUAUUGAUCUUUAAAACGGCGCUGGUUUGUUAGGCAGUAAGUUACAUUAUCUUCAGGUCAACGUGUUUUUGUGGAUUCUGUUAAACAGUACUACAAGUAUUAAACUUCAAGUCAUAAUGCUCUUUUGUUUGUUUCGAAUAUUUAAGCGAGAUGCUCCCAGCGGAAUUCAGAGAAUCUAGGUACUUCGAAAGUUUCAACAAAUACAUAUAAGAAUUAUGGCAUCACCACAGAUGAAGGAGCGCCUGUCAGUUGUUGUGUUAAACACUGUAUCAAAAGGAGCAUCUCCAGAAUCAAAAUGCCCAAUAUGCCUGGAUCAUUUCAAAAACAUAUCAUAUCUGGAUGUGUGCUUACAUAAGUUUUGCUUCUGCUGCAUCUGUGAGUGGUUGAAGAACAAAGCAGAAUGCCCUUUGUGCAAACAGCCAUUUAAUGCAAUUUAUCACACUAUUAAGUCUGAAGAUAACUACAAGAGGUUGGACCUGCGACCAACUGAAAAUGGCUCAUUUGGCAACAUGGCAGGGCAAAGAUUCAGGUAUCGCACCACGCUUACAGGCAACCACAGACCAGCACAGAGGAGAACGUCUCCUCCUCCUGACCAUGGGGUAAUAUUUGAGGGCCUGAGGGGAUCUCUUCAACAGCGGCACAACCGAGAUCUCCACAGCAUGUUAAGGAGCUUGGCAGUAAGACAAAGAAGAGACAGAGAGGGAAGAACGUUGCAAAGUCUUCACGAACAAGAAAUGGUUAAAUUCAGACGAGCCUUGUACAGAAGAGGUGUGCGAGUCCAGAGCAUUCAGGAUGGUGGUCGUAGCAGGGAGACUUCUGCAGAGUUCUUCAGAAGAAAUCCAGCUAGUCUCCACAGGCUUGUGCCUUGGUUGAGACGAGAGCUGACUGUUCUGUAUGGCACUCAUGGUUCCCUUGUCAACAUAGUGCAGCACAUCAUCAUGACUUUGAUCACUCGACAUAACUUGGACGACCAGGUUGUUGUACACGAACUUCGACCCUUCUUGCUAUCCCACACAGAGCACUUUCUACAUGAGUUUCUUAGUUUUGCUCAGUCCCCAUUCAACAUGGAGGCAUAUGACCGGCGUGCAGUUUAUGACUUGCCUCGGCCCACCGGAGAAGGUAGCAGUUCGGAAGCCUCUGUGAUCGCCAUCUCUGAGGAUGAAAGUGAUUCUUUAGUAUCUGGAUCCCAGGAUUAUGCCACUCCUAGUCUGACCUUAAGCCAAACAGCAUGGGAUGAUGAGACCCCAGGGCCAUCCUACUCCUCAGAGCCAUCUCAAGUAUUACCUUUCCCUGUGAGGGACUCGGAUUCUGAUAGUAGUGUAGGGGAAGCAGUAGUGUCUGUUGUUGCUGUGCCACAUCAAGACCGUCCAGCAAAUACUGGCACUAUUGCAUUGGAAGAGGAGCAUUCUGCUGGCAGUGAUGAUGACUGUUUUAUUAUUGGCUAUGUGAAGCCAGCGUCAGAAAGGACUCCAGAACUGGUCCAGCUUUCAUCUGAUUCAGAGCAUUCUGAGCUGAAUACAGAGCAACAAAGCUCUCGGGUACCCCAACACAUUCGAUUUACUUCAGAGUCUGAUUUGUCUCCCAGUGACAGUCAGAAAAUCUUGAGGAGGCCAAUGGGAUGUUCUCGCUCACAUGAGAACACCUCUAGUCACCCAAGAAAAGAAGAUAAAUAUGGCAAAGGGCAUUAUGAAAGGGGGCUGUCUGGAUCUAGAGAAGGAUCCUCUCGCAGAAACAGGACACACUACUCCUCUCAUAGCAAGAAACAGCCAUUGUCUAAAGAGAGCAAGCAUAAGUGGAGACGAGAAAAAGAGACAAGUCACCACACCUCAUCUUAUUGGCGUUUAUAUAGCCAUAACAGUCAAAGAAACAGCACAAGGAGAUGUUAUACACGCUCAUCCUACACCAGCUAUUACAGAAGUGUACAUGAUCGCUCUCAUUCUCAAUCGCAUAUUAGAAGGCAGAGCAGGGACUGCCAGGACAAAGGUCGCUCAAGGAGCAAUUCUAGAAUCAAGUCUAGCUCCUCCAACCGUCAGCACAGGAGUCGCUCAAGAAGCAGAUCUAGAAUCAAGUCUAGCUCCUCCAACCGUCAGCACAGGAGUCGCUCAAGAAGCGGAUCUAGAAUCAAGUCUAGCUCCUCCAACCGUCAGCACGGGAGUCACUCGAGGAGCAGAUCUAGAAUCAAGUCUAGCUCCUCCAACCGUCAGCACAGGAGUCGCUCGAGGAGCAGAUCUAGAAUCAAGUCUAGCUCCUCCAACCGUCAGCACAGGAGUCGCUCAAGAAGCAGAUCUAGAAUCAAGUCUAGCUCCUCCAACCGUCAGCACAGGAGUCGCUCGAGGAGCAGAUCUAGAAUCAAGUCUAGCUCCUCCAACCGUCAGCACAGGAGUCGCUCGAGGAGCAGAUCUAGAAUCAAAUCUAGCUCCUCACAUCAGACAUCAGAACAUGAUGAUCAUGGCAGGAAAAAGAAAUACAAAACAAAGCAUCACGAGGAACCCUCUAGCAAAUUGCUUACUGAUUCUGUUAAAGAUGAUGCAAAAAAGAAAUACAAUAAGCAUCACAAAAGGUUAAAGAGGAAAAGCAGAAGUCCAAGCAGAGAUGACAAAUCAGAGGGUAACAGUCGGAAACAUCGCAAGAAGAAGAAGAAACACAAGAGGAAGAGCAGGAGACAUAAUGGUGAGGAGAGGGUGGGAAAAAACAGCCCUGUUCUCAUUACAAUUACUAGUGACAGUGACAGUGCUGACCCCAGUGAACCCUCAACCAGUAAUAUCUGUGCAGCUGGCUCCAUAGUCCCAAUAGCAAACAGUGCUACAGAAACUCAGCCGUUCAUGUCCAGAUUCCUAGACAUGGAGCAAGUGUCAACUGCUGGAACUGGAUGUAGUUCUGUGGGUGAUGCAGGGAAUUAGACCCAGUCAGAUUAAUGGCAAUGUCUUUGUGAGUUUGUAUGUUCAGUUUAACUGAACUCUUUAAUUUGUGGCAAAUAAUGAUUGACAAAGGACUAUUGUUGUAAUGCCCACAUGUAUUUUCAAUGUUUUAAAAAUACAAAAGGGAUGGGUUUGAAAUGUAAA